CUUCAUUCUCUUCUGAAGCCCUAAAAUGGAGCAUCCUUUCUUCAUCAACAGUGGCCUUCCAAUCAAUCGAUCAGAAGCUUUACGUUUUCUAUCAAUCGCUGAAAAUCUCUUAUCAAAUCGUGAUCUAGUUGGUAGCAAGUCAUUCGCGACCUGGGCCCGUGAAUCCGACCCGACAUUUGCACCUGUUGCCGACCAAAUACUCGGCAUCGUUGAUACUUUGAAUGCCGGCGACAAACGUAUUAACAAUCAUUUUGACUACUACUCUAUCCUCCAAAUCCCUCCUAACCAAACCCAAAAUGCCGAUUUCAUCGCCGAACAGUAUCGCCAGUUUAAUCUUCUUAUGAAUCCUCAGAGCAACAAUUUCCCAUUUUCUGAUCAGGCUUUCCGUCUUGUCGUUGAUGCAUUCACAGUUCUUUCUGACCCCUUGAGAAAAAGUAUGUAUGAUAAGGAGCUGGGUUUCCUCCUUAACCCUUACCCAGUUGUUACUUCUACACCUACCCCUGUGCAUCAGAGUGUUUAUCCUUCAAUGCCCAGUUCGAAUGCAGACCAAAUGUUUGAGAAUUUGUUUACUCAAGAUCAAGGGUCACAUGCUGCUGGAGUAAGCUUCAGUAGAGACCCACAAGCUGGAUUUUCUAUGCCAGUGACAUUUCUGACUCAUGAACAAGAAACUGUGAUCUCUAUGGAAAGCUUGCCCAUUGAGCAGCAACUGCAACAAUCUGAAACGUUUCUGAAACAACAGACACAACCCGUGACUCCCAUUUCAUUUUUAAACACAGAUGAACAACCUAUCUCAUUCUUUUCUUUGAACCAACCACAGCUGGUAACCUCUGUGAGAAGCUUAAAUAGAGAAAACCCACCAUUUGGUACCGAGGUGAGCUCGACACAAGGGCGAGAACCAGUGGUUUGUGCAGAGCAAUGUGGGAGUCAACAGCCCCUGGAGAAAAAUGAGAAUGUGGUUGGGAACAAUGCAAAUAAGUCUGCAAGUACUGGUGAUAAUGUGAAGGAGAAAGAAGGGAAUGUAGAUGCAUCAGGUAAGAGUAUACCCAGUUUCUGGACUGCAUGUCCUUACUGUCUCUUUAUGUAUGAGUAUUCUGUGGAUUAUACUCAUUGUACUUUAAGGUGUCAAAAUUGUAAGAAGGCUUUUCAAGCUGUACCAAUUGCGUCUCCUCCUCCAAUUAUUGAUGGAAAAAAAAAUAGCUUUUGUUGUUGGGGAUUUAUGCCUUUUGGAUCGUCUUUGGAGGAUUUUCAUAAAAAUAUAGAUAAUGCUUCGAGCUGGUCUCCGUUUUCGCCCAUGUUUACCUGUUCGCGAUUUGGGUGGGAUGGAGGGAGUAAUGUGAACAAUCAUGCUGGUGGAGGACAGAGUAAUGUGAAUAAUCUUGGUAGUUCGCAUAAUGCUGGCGGAUCGAAAAGUGGGGGUGGACGAAAGCAUUUUUCUCCAGUAAUAUGUAUUGAUGAUGAUGUGUUAGUAGAGGCAUCACAGUCAAGCGAGGAGUCAAGUGUGGAUUGGAAUCGGAAUAAGGAAAGGAAGAAAGCAAAGAAUGGGAAGCGAAAGUGUGCAAGGACUGGAACCCCAAGCAAAAAUGCCAAGAAACAGCAAGCUGAUAAGGAAAAAACUGUUGAAGGGAAUAAUGAUGUCAAUUUGCAAUAUGGUUUAGCAACUCAAGGUGGCGUAGAAAUACCCAUGCUGUAACAGUUGAGUCAAGUAACAGAGGUGUCGUAAGUAAGGCAAUAAGGCACCUUGUUGGGUUGCAAAACACUUAGGAAUUUGGAUUUGAAUGUGUAGUUCAGUAAUGAGGUUGAAGAGCCUAUAAUUCAGAUGGGCCAAGAAAAUGAAGCAGGAGAGGGAGAGGAUGAUACUGUUGAUGUAAUUGGGUUUUUUGAAGGUCUUGAUGAAUUCCUUAGCAGUCUUCCUAUACUUAAUGCUGUGGAUGGUGAUAAGGUGGAGGCUGCCUGUUAUCACUCCUUAGUCUCCACAGUUUACAGUAGUAGCUAUUUGCUUGUAGCUCAUUCUAGUAGUAGUUAUAUCUUUAUUGUAGUUUGCAGUUUCUCAUUCCAGUAAUAUUGGGAAGUAAUGUCCUAGUUUCUAGGGGUAGUUAUCUUAUAAGUAUUGUAUUUGAACUCUAUGUUUAUCCUAUGCAAUCUAAGCAGAAAGUUGUUCCAUUUUUUGAGUACUU